CAUCCUCAUCUUCUGCAUCUCCCUCAGAUUUUAGAAACAUACAUAAGAGUAUCUCCUGAGCUUGAGUCUCAUAUGAAAGGGAAAAAUGCUUUCUAAUACUAUUCCAGACACGUCCUGAGAACUGGGAAUAAAUCUUUGAGAAAUAAACAGAAAAAGUAGGGCAUCUUAGUUGAGAUUGUACACUUGAUGUAACCUUUUAGACUUAGGCAAACAGGAUAUAACAACACCCCUUCAAAGGGUAUAAAGGAGCCUUCAGCACACAACUCAGACAUUUCAUCCUGUGGAUUAUUCUCACAUACGGUGCCAUAUCAAAAAAAAAAAAAUGGGAGUUACGAUGACUGAUCCAAACCGCUCUUUUCAUUUUGACGAAUUCAGUGAAUUCUACAAUGAAGAGUUCAACUACACGGAUCUCCAGAACCUGACUGAUUUUGUUGUGGAUGAUAAGACGUUGCUUUGCUCCUCUAUCACAAUGGCGAAUGCCGUCAACAUUGGAUUCAGUGUCUUCUACGUGGUCAUCUUUCUGCUGGCUAUUCCUGGGAAUCUGAUCGUAGGCUGGGUCAUCACCUCGAACCGACACACGCUUUCCUCCUCAGAUGUCUACUUAUUCAACCUGAUGCUGGCCGACACGCUACUGGCUCUGAUUUUGCCCUUUUCAGCAGUUUCCGUGAUCCACGGUUGGUUGUUCGGUGACGUCGCGUGCAAGUUGGUUAGCCUGGUGAAGGAAGUGAACUUCUACACCAGCGUUUUGUUCCUGGUGUGCAUCAGCGUGGAUCGCUACAUGGUUAUUGUAAGAGCUAUGGAGUCUAAAAAGACUCAGAGGAGAUUGUGCAGCGGAGUCGCCUGCGGAUUGGUGUGGGUUUUGGGAUUGGUGCUAUCCUUGCCUUCGUUCUACAACGAGGCGUUUUUUGAGAACGUUUCCCAGAAGACCGUUUGCGCAGAGCGCUUUGAGAUGAAUCACGCCGACGAGUGGCGACUGGCCACGCGAAUCAUGAGGCAUCUACUCGGGUUCCUCUUCCCUCUGGUGGUCAUGUUGAUCUGCUACAGCAUCACAGUGGCACGGCUCUUGCGUACACGUGGUUUCCAGAAACAGAGAGCCAUGAAGGUCAUCGUAGCUGUGGUUGUGGCCUUUCUUCUGUGCUGGACCCCUUUCCAUGUUUCCACAAUAGUUGACACCCUCCUGAGAGCCAAAGUGGUUCAGUUCAGCUGUUUCACACGGACAUCGGUGGACGUCGCCAUGUUCGCAACUCACAACCUUGGCCUUCUGCAUUGCUGCGUGAACCCGGUGCUGUACGCCUUUGUGGGAGAGAAGUUCAGAAGAAGGUUUAUACAGAUGCUGCAUAGAAAAGGAGUUCUGGAGCGGUUCUCCCUCUCCAGAUCUAGCAGGUCUUCUUCUAGGUCUUCUUCUUUGACCUCAGAAGCCACUUCCAGCUUUCUGUGAGCUACCACAAGCAAUGUGAACUGCAAGACAUUUAGUGCACCUUUCCUUGCCUGCUUGAACUAGAACUACACUUUGUUGUAAGCGCUAAAUGCAUGACGCAUUGGCUCCCUCUAUUGGUCAGAAAGAGCAAAAUCCAUGAUCCGGUGAUUGGAUUAUUGCAGAAAAUAAGCUGUGUGACCAGCAAAGGUUUAUAAUUCUGAUAUGUAAAGAUAAACUUGGGCUAUAAACCAAGGGGUGUCCAAUCCUGUUUCCAGUCCGUUUAGCUCCAACCCAAAAAAGGGAGUUUCACAGAUGUAUUUUAUUUUUGUAGAAUAAACUGAUCUCAUGACAAAAACCUACCUGUGGGCACUUUUCGCAAGCUGUAAAAUACGUACCAAUAAGUACAUAUCACUGCAGUCCUUGACCAGCAACAUGACCAGCAUAAACCAGCAAAGGACCAGCUUAAACCAGCAUCAAAACAUACCUAACCAGCAUAUGCUACAGUACUCUAAUAAAGGUUUAAAAUAUUUUUUUUCCUAGUGCUUAUACAGUGGGUUAGUGAUUUCAAAGGGGUCAUUGGAUGCAAAAUUCACUAUUGAAGUAAAAAAAAAUUUUUUUUGCACACCCAGAUUUACCUAAUUGCAUCUAUGUUCGCGCAAAUCAUUCGUGAUCCAGCCAACAAGGGAGUUUUACUGAUGUAUUUUAUUUGGUAGAAUAAACUACCUGAUCUCAUGACGAAAACAUACCUGCGGGAACUUUUUCAUGUGACGCAAAAUACGUACCAGUCAAGCGGCCACCUCCCGCUCUCUAUUGAAACCAGCAUGGAAGUGACUUAAACUGCAAAUCAUCGACUGGCCGCUAGAGACUGGCUCCAAAAGGGAGUCAACCCCAUAGACUCCCCAUGUUAAAAUGCCCAACUUUACAGCAGAACAAAAUAUGUUUACAGACUGGUACAAAAAGUGGUUUUGGUCUAUGUAGCUAAUUUUGCCCUUCAUGUCAACUGUGAGGGGGGUGAAUUUUUUUUUAUAACUCAUCCGUUUAAAUUAUAUUAAGCCUUAAAGUUCUACAUAAUUUAGGGCGUGGCCACUUGAGUGACAGGAUUGCCACUGCUGUCACCACCGUCGCACUCGGCGGGCGUGGUUUCAGCAACCAGCUCCACCCAGAUCCCGCCUCUUUGCCCAUUUUCGAUUAUCCGGGAGUGACAUGCAGUGACGCGAUUCCAAGAUGGCGAUAGUCGACUCCCGCCCACUAAGAGCUUCAAAAAUGCUCUUCAGAAACCUACGGGUGACGUCACAGACACUACGUCCAUAUUUUUUACAGUCUAUGGUACCAGUACAUAUCACUGCAGUUUCCAACAAAGGCGGUAAAACAGCGAGUACUUGUACGCUUUCAUACAAAAGUUAUGAUUACAGCUCCAUAGUUUCACUUUCAAAGCUUACUCGGUUGCUCAACCAGCAUGGAAUCGGACGUAGGAUGUGGAAUCCUUGGAUACGAACCCUGGGAAAAACAUUACUCACAAUGAAAGCUAAACAAAAAACGAGCUAAAACGGCAUGCUUGCGAUUGCGUUUUUACGUCACAUUCGCUUUUGUUCAUACUAUCAUUUAGGUUUAGGUGUAAUGCAGAUGGUACGUUAUUUUAAAACGUCAUUUUUAACAUUUUUAAGUCAGAACUGCGGUGACACAUACAAAACCAACGUUAUUUAAAAAAUGUAACGUUUUUCUGUUCCGGAGACAAAAACCGAACACUUAUUUAGCGCCACCUAGUGGACAUUUCACAUUGAAUAUGUCAUGAGCACAUAGCGGUACAUAUUUUGUGUCUUGCAAAAAGUUCCCACAGGUACGUUUUUGUCAUGAGAUCAGGUUGAGAAUAAAACAUGAAAAUAUGUCAAGAUACGUAAUUGUGUUAAUUACAGAGCUUAUUUCAGACAUUUAUUUAAAUAACAUUAAAAAAAUAUAUUGACUUUGGGACGAUGGAACUGGAAGUGCUUAAGUUUGAACUCGUUUGCAGUUUUUGGUCUACAAAACUACGUAUCUGCAGUACUUUAUUGCUUGGUAGAGCUUCUAGAGGUUUAAUGAAUAAUUUUUACUGUUUCUUAUACACAGUGUUGGGGAAAGUUGCUUUUGAAAGUAAUGCAUUACAGUAUUGCAUUACUUGAUGAAAAAGUAACUAAUUGCAUUACUUUGCAUUGCGUAACUUUUUAUUGAAAGUAAUGCAUUACAUUAUUUUUGAGUUACUUUUGUCACCUGGGCUGGGCUUAUUUAUUUAUUUUUUGAUAACAAAAAACCCUAAAGUUGAAUUUAUUGGCAACUAAGGGCCAAAAGUUAAAUUAACAACCCUCAUGCUGAAGGAAGUGCCAGUUUCUCUUAACAUGGGGACUAGAGAGGUGUCAGUGAAUAAAUGAGCAAACAAAGUAAAUGGUGUUACUUAUUUGAAAAAAUAACUUUUCUUGUAAAUGUUAAAGUAAUGCAACUAGUUACUUGAGAAAGUAAUCUGAUUAUGUAACUUGUGUUAUUUGUAAUGCAAUGCUUGUUACUUCUUGUGUGGUGCUGUAUGACGCACAACACACGUCGCUUUUCAAAACAAGCAGCUUUCUGUUGGUCAAUUCUUCUGAGCCCAUUGCAAAACUACAUGGGGAAAUCAUUCAUGCAUAUUUUGAUUGCAUGGAUUUCUAUUGAAAUAACUGGAUUUUGACCUAAGAAAAUUUGCUGGAUAAAGGUAAAUGUGACAACACUUUAAAUAUUUAACAUUGCUUUGUAAGUCCUGCAUUGUGGACAUAAAUGAAACCUUUUGAGGAGAGGUGUCCAGGAAUUUUUCAAAGCGAUCAGUGAAUGAUAACACAAAUGGAGAAACUCCAUAGAUUUAUAUUGAAGGAUGGACCAGAUCCGUCUGAGAUAUACACACAAAACACACCCAAAAGCUUUUUAUAGCCUUUUUUGUCAAGGCAGCUGGUCUGUAUGUGGUCAGUAAGCUAAUAGCUUUUAAUUUAAAGAGACUAUGUGCAUGUUUUAAAUAUACAGUAGGUUUUUCAAAAUUCAUUGUACUUUUUUCCUUCAUAAAUUGUACUUGAAAGCUACUCUUCAUUUGAUUCAGGUUGUUCUUGAGAGGAAUAUUUUAUUUUUGUACUUACGAAGUUUUUGUGGUGUAAUGGUUUGUGAAUGGAUGCAAUGACAGAAAAACCUCUCGAUGUACUGCUUGAUUUUCAUGCUCGUUUGUAAGUUAUAAAAUAAAAAAUGUUAUGUUGUCA